UAUAUCAAUACCAACAGAAACACAACUAGCAAGCAUCACACAGGGUGCAUAUACACACACAUACAAACUUUACUGUGUGUACUUUAUGCUCAUCAUUAAGAUUCUUUGUCUGUGCUGAAGAGGGUAUGCUAAAUGGUCAUUUGGUUAAGAGCUGGAGCUGAAAAAAGCUGGAGUUAUAUGUCAGUUUGCUUACUCUGCAUCUCUCAAAAGAGGGUACUUUCUGGAUUUGUAGUUUCACUUGUCUUUCUUACUGUGUUUCUGUUUGAUCUUUCAUUCAAGACUCCUUUUUUAAAUCCAAUUUUUCGAGGAUUUAACAGUUUAAGUUCAAAUUCUAGUUACUUUAGUAAUACUACUGAUGCUAAAUUGACCAAUUCUUGGGAUUUUUCUGGAAUAUCCAAAAAUGAGACUUUUGUUAGUGAUAGUGGAAAUGGAGGUGAUUUUGAGGAUGCCCCUUUGAGAAAUUUGUCUAAUUUGGUUAAAGUUGGAAGCUUUGUCGCGGAUAGAAAUGUAACUGUUAAGGAAAGUAAUGUGGGAAAAUUGGAGGAUAAGGGUAAUGCAAGUUUAGUUGAUGAUACUGUUGGUUACCGAGACGGUUUGAGUUUUGGUAAUGGGACAAGUUUGGUAAGUGGUGAUGAUAAGAUUGGUGAUUUGUCGGAUAAUGGAGAGAAUGGUGCACUGCUACCUAGUUCUGAGGUGAAGCUUCCUGUAAUUUCUUCGGAAAAAGUUAAUGGUAGGUCAAAACAAUCCCAAAUUCCAGAAGUGCAGAAAGGUUCACUGGAAAAAUGUGAUAUUUUUGAUGGAAGGUGGGUUAGAGACAAUACAAAGCCAUAUUAUCCUGUAGGUACUUGCCCUCACAUUGAUACAGUUUUUGAUUGUUACCUCAAUAAGCGACCGGACAGUGAGUUUGUGAAAUGGAGAUGGCAGCCAAACGAUUGUGAUAUCCCAAGUUUAAAUGCAACCGACUUUUUGGAAAGACUCAGAGGUAAAAAACUGGUAUUUGUUGGAGACUCGCUGAAUAGGAAUAUGUGGGAGUCCCUUGUCUGCAUACUUCAACAUAGUGUGAAGGACAAGCAACGAAUUCAUGAGAAACAGGCUCAGGAGACAUCAGGAGGAAAGGGGUUCAGAAGUCAAGGAUUUCAUGCAUUCAGAUUUGAGGACUAUGAUUGCACUGUGGAAUUUGUAACAUCUCGAUUCCUUGUCAGAGAGUCAUCUUUCGAGGCAAAGAAUGGUUCUUUGGAGACGCUAAGACUGGAUCUAAUGGAUCAGAGCGCUUCAAAAUAUUACAAUGCUGAUUACCUGAUUUUCAAUACAGGUCAUUGGUGGUCGCAUGAUAAAACCUCUAAGAGACUAAACUAUUACCAGGAAGGUAAUAUUGUACACACAAGACUUAAGGUACAUGAUGCUUACAGGAGGGCACUCAGGACUUGGGCUAGAUGGGUUGAUGAAAACGUCGAUAGGAAGAAAACUCAGGUUAUCUUCCGGGGAUACUCAGCCACCCACUUCAGAGGAGGCCAUUGGAAUACAGGAGGUCAGUGUCAUCAAGAAACUGAACCAAGUACCAACGACAUUCACCUAAUUAAAUAUCGUUCAAAGAUGAGAGCUCUGGAGCGUGUGAUCCAAGACAUGAAAACACCGGUGAUAUAUCUAAACAUUACUAAGCUCACGGACUACAGAAAAGAUGCACAUCCUUCAAUUUACAGAUCAGAACAAACUGCUGGGCAUUCUGCAAUGCAUCUCGAGGAUUGCAGUCAUUGGUGUUUGCCUGGAGUACCAGAUACUUGGAAUGAGUUGUUAUAUGCUUCUCUCUUGAAAACUGGAACCGGAUCAUGGAAAGCCUAGGCUGAGAUCUUGUCAAAGUUCUGCAGAAUGUGAAAGGUUUGAACUUCAUGUAUCCUGGUGCUUAUUUUUUUCUUUACUCAGUUUCUCAAUUACAAACAUUCAUAUAUGAUCCUAUAUUCAAUCUCUCACUCUUUUGACAACCAGUCCAUCUAAAAUCUUAAGGUCAGGCACGAGAACUCUGAUACCAUGUUGAGAACCCAUCCAUCUAAAACCUUAAGGUGUUAGAGGAACGCCCCAAAUGGAUCUUAUGCUAUAUUUCAACACAUUCUUUAAACAAAUAGUAACACUUUCUGCACUUCUCAUUUGCUCAGAAUUAGUAUAUAUAAAGUUCAAUCAUGAUUGAUUCAUCAUAAAUUUAGAAUUACAGAAUACAAAGCAGUACAUCAAGACUCUUGCAUUUCGAAACCUUAGCAAACAACUUUUAUUCAUACACAUACAUUUUCCUCACAGAAAACCAGAUAGUUAUUACAUUACCACAACAUAAGCUGAUACAGAUCCAAACACUAGCCAUAAAGAAAACUCGAAGAAUCGAGUUCAUUGCCUUUCUGUGACUUGCCAGUUUGCCACACAUUAGCCAAAGCCCUCAGACUCAUUGAUAGAACUUCUCAGAAGCUUCAUCUUCAAAUUCUGCAGUGCAUGCCCAAGCUUUCUAGUGUUUUGCAGACCAUGCAGAUGGCUAAAGCAUGCACAAACUAUCUAAAUUUGGAGCAUGACUCCAAAUUGCCAUGUUUUUCUCAAUCCAUUGAAAGAUUAGUGAACUUAAUCCAAGAAACUGGAUAAUUAUGUAUAUGUAACCUUUCAA